AUUUAAUGAAUUAAAUUGUUAUCUUUCUUAUUAUUUAUGCAUUUAUUUAUUUAUUUUUAAAAUAAUUAAUUUUAUAUAUUUAUGCAUAUUAACGUACUAUUAAACGUAACAUUAGCUUAGAGACGACGUAAAAUACCCGUACAUAUUUUAUACGUAACUUCCCCGUACCGUAUUUUACUAACUAUCACAAACAUGUUCCCAGACUUAGACAUUUUCAGUUUUGGCAUAGUCUUUUGAUCACGUUCAAAAAUGGUCUUCUGGUCUUCUUAUCGAGCUCCAAAACCCUUCAAUAUGUAGAGGGUCACUCCAACUUCAAAACAAGCCAUUAAUCUCAAAUCUCCAUCAAGCCAAUUGUAAGAUAUGAAUCUCCAAAGGAGGCACCAUGAAACUAUUCUUAUACUGAAAUAACAUAUUAGAUCGACCUAAUCCUAACUGAGGUCGAUCGAUAAGUGCAAAUUAUGGUAACUUACCAGUCAUGUAGAAAAGUCCAAAAAUUUAUGACGAGCAGAUAAUCUCAAUCCAUUUUUUAUCUUCUUAUCUACAUAGAGUUAUAUUUGUCAAUCCGGUGUAGAUAAUAAUUGAAAUAAUGGAGGAUAUAUUCACCAAAACAUCUCAGUUAAGACGAUACGAAGGAAACAAAAAGGAAACGGCCGUCACUAUACUGCUUUACCCCAUUUCGGCAGUCCCCGUUGUGGAUCGGUAACCCAACGUAUCACAAGCUCCAACUAAUUAUUUAAUUAAUUAACAAUUUGUGGGGGUAAUUAGUUGACGAUCUAUCCAAAGCAAAAUACACAAAAAUGGCCAAUUUUGCUAUUUGUUUUUUUUUUAAAAAAAGAAAAUCGAAACUUACGGCCAUGAUUUAUCCGAUAUCACUAUUAUUUCGUACAAUGGAAACAAGAAGCAGAAUCAUUGUGCAUGGUUCCUGCAUCUAAGCUCCAAGGAAAUCAUGCAUCCUGAAACACUAACAUAGUGUGGAAGCUGUUUACUUCUCUUUUAACUUGUACACACAUAACAGAUCGUUUAUCCAGGUAAUGAUAUUAAUUCAAGAAUUAUAAACUAUAAUAUCAAUCUUGUACCGGUACGUAACGAUAAAUAACUGUUGUUGAAUUUUAUGGUCUCAAUGAGAAAAACUUUAUAAUCAGUGAUUAAUUGUUAUCUAACACAAAUACCAAACAAACUUAUAGUGUAGGCGUUUAUUCGCAAUUUCGUAUUUGAAAUAUUAAUGAAAUUAAUGAAUCAUUCAGUAUGGUCUUAAGGAUAUGAGACUUGAAUGAAUCAUUUAGAAGAUCGUGUGUUUAUUAGUUAGAAUAAAUCAGUGCACAUGACAUCUACCACUGCACCACCAAAGCAUUAUGAACUUUCAAUUUUGUAUUGAAAAACUGAAAAAUUGUGUCGUGGGGUACUUUGAGAUUCAUUAAUUUCUGUGUCAUUCAACAAGUCGAGUAAUGUUCUGUAUUAAGUAGUAUACUGUAUAUGAUUUGGAACAAGAAAUUUUCUGCUCGAAUUCCAAUGAACUCUAACAUGAGCCAACUUCAAACAAAAUGUUAGAUUGAAUUUCAUUUAAGAUUAUGCAUUAAGAAACACCACAAAUAUGAAUUUAUUAUUAUUCUUGUGUUUGUUUACUACGAAAAAGGAUUUAUAUAUGCAGCAAAGAAUGGAGAGGAAAUAAAAAUUGUGUACAUGCGGCAGUGUAGGAUUCGAUUCGAUUCGAUAUCUGGUGGUGUGAGGUGCGGUGGGGAUAACGCAGGGGAAGUGGGACCUCAUUGAACUCUCCGCGUACGAGUUCGACUCCAAAGAAUGAAUAUUUUCUUUGGCACCCUUUCCACCAUUACCGCCACUCCCGCUUCCAAGCGCGUGCAACCUCUUUUCUUUAAUUCAUUACGAACUAGUGUUUCAUAAACAAAAACAUUGUAAGUAGAAAUCAUUAAUAGUAUUGUAAUUAUAUAUUGAUUCUAUAAUAUUACUAAUAAAUAAUUAUACAUGUAAACUAAAAACCAUCAUUUACGGAUGUAGAAAAUACUUAAUGAUAAUACAUGCUAUUUUUUAAUAAAAUUAAGAACACUAUUCAAUUAAUUAUUCAAUGAUAUUAAAAGUAAAACUUCGUUCAAACUCCAUCACCUUUAGUUUACAUUAGAGUCAUUUUUCAUCUCGCUAUUAGAACCUGGACGUCCAGUACUAGGUAUCAAUUCUGACCGGUAAAAACAAAUUGGCGGUUAAACUGGCCGACUGAAUUGAAGACCUAUCGAUGAUUUUACCGAAUGGAUCGAUUGGUGUGGUCCGAAUUCAAUAACACUAGUUCUAUCACUCUCAAAUCAGUUACGAUGUGUAGUACAUUAUAACAAUACAUUGUGUGAAAAAAAAAAAAAAAACUGGGAAGAAUCCACUAAUGAACACAACCCGAAACAAGAACCAAUAAACCAAAAUCGAUUCGGAGCUAAGGGUUGUGACAGGGGUUGAAGCCCCGAGUGAGCCUAGUUGCGCUCAGAGUUUGAUCAAUAUAAUUUGUGUAUGAUUGUUGCUUCAAUCUCCUUAUGAUAAUUGUAAGUCGGCAAGAGUAUGCUAUAGCUAACAUUUGUAAAAUUCAUGAUAAAAAUCUCAUACAUAUAACGUCAUAAAAAUAUACUAAAUUAUUUAACUCAAAUUAGUAUCACAGAUAAUUCGAUAAAAGAAAGAAAGAAAAAAAGCAUCUCAUUUCGUGACGCUCUCAUGGUAGCGCGUCACCCUAAUUUCCCCCACCGCCCCCACACAAACAAACAAUUCUUCCACUUCCUUCCCUGCCUUUCUCCCCAUUUAAAUAUCACUUCCCGACCAACUGAAAUUAUUAGAAAGAAAAAGAAAAGCUUCGGCUCCAACCACAAAUUAAAUUCCCAUUUUCUUCUUCUCCUCCGUCCGUCCAUAACCAUAAGCUCUCCGCCACUCAACUUCACCAAAAAUGAAGAACCCUUACAAGAAGGGCAAAAUCCACCCUUCCCCGCCACCAACAACACAACCGCCGCCCACCACUGCCACCUUCCUCUCCCUCCUCCCGGCGGCCGUCCUCGCCCUCACCGCCGCCCUCUCUCCUCAGGACAAGGAAGUCCUCGCCUACCUCAUCUCCUGCUGCUCCGACGCUGCCGGCCACCGGAACAAGAGGAAGACCACCACCGCCUGCGGAGAUGGCAAGAAAGGAACGGCGGCCGAUGUUGAGAACCACGGGCCGACUUUCGAGUGCAGCUGCUUCCGGUGCUACAUGACGUUCUGGGCCCGGUGGGACGCCUCCUCCAACCGCCACCUCAUCCACGAGAUCAUCGAGGCGUACGAGGCGGCGGCUCUGACGUGCCACCAGAAGCGGAAGACACGGAAGGGGGAUCGGCGGCGUCGGGGGAAGGAUGGAGAGUUGAAUAAUAUGGGACCGGGCGGUCGGAAAGCAGAAUCGGCAGACCAGGUGGCGAGUCCCGACGCCAGUUACGACGAGGAGGAGGACGGCCGGACCGCCGGCCGCGAUGAGGUGGACUUGGAGAAGAGUGCGGUGAGGAAGAUUGUGAGUUUCGUUGGCGACAGAAUCAUUGGGAUUUUCGGAGGUGUUUAAUUAAUUGGACUUUUAAUUAUUUUUCUUUUGAUUUCUUAUGAAAUUACUUUGAAUAGAUUUUAUAUUUUCUUUUACACCCCCCUCCACCGAUCCAAGUCUUUUUUUCUCUUUCACUUGGCGGAGAAUUCUGACUUCUUCUUCUUCUUCUUACUAUCAUAAAACCAUCAAAAAACCCUUUCCCAUACUGUAAAUGAAGCCCACACAUAUAAUUACGUUUUCAUUAAUAAAUGUGUUCGAUAUUGUCAUAUUUAUCAUCAUACAAUAUGUCUUUUGGAGACAUUCGAUGAAAUUGAAAUGAUACAGAGAUGAUUAGCAUGAUCCCUGUACAAGAAUAGCACAAUACAAGAAUAGCACGCAUAAACUAUCAUACAAAUUGUGAAUGUUUUUUUUUUUUUUUGUGAUUAUGUAAAGAUAUUAUAGGUUCUAAUCAAUUGCCACACAUAAAUUGGGUGUUAAUAUUUAUUAUAUAAAUGAAUCAUUUGUUACAGAUCAUAUUAUUAUUUGAUAUGUAAUGCUAGGUUGAGUGAGCAGAUUUCAAGUCACUAUUAUUAUAUAUAAUGUCAUGAUCAAGGAGUUGUUGUAAGGAUUUUCAGACCUGCAUAUUUAAUUGUCCAAGGGAAUAAUCUGUGGUUUCAUUCUGUUAUUCCUAACGAUAAUACAGUUAGCUAGUUAGUUGACGAUUUUUGCUUCUUAAUUAGUAGAGAAUCGUAAUCUCAUUUGUAGAAUUAAUCAAUUUGUAUGGCAUUUUUCUCUUCUGAUGAGUAGUUCAUCUGGGAUGAUAGUAUAGAUAAUGAAUUUCUUCACUGUAGAGAAGAGUCGUGUCGAUAUCUAUUACACCGUUUGAAUUCUGAAGCAUUAAGUAAUAAUUUGAUUAGUUUUAUAAAUAACCACACAUGUCCUAAUUACGUAGCAUAUUGAGAGGGGCAUAUAUAUUUUUCUUAUAAGGCUACCAACAACAAUUACUGUCAAGCAGCAUGACCAAAAUAUUAUUCUGAGAACUUAAAUCGAUAGCUCAAUUUUCCGUAAUUAUAUCCAACAUUGAAUUUCAGAGACCACGUACAUCGAAAUCUUGAUUACUUUUCGCACAACUAUAUGAUUGUUUGUAGUACCUCAAAUCAAACCAACAAGUAAACUGAAACGACUAUCUCAUAAAUAAGUAUAUUUUUUAUUGAUCAGGGAGACGUAUAUUCCAAAGAGCCCGCAGACAGCCAUGGUCCAUUCACCAUUGCUAAUUCGAUACGUAUUUUAUUAGAACUUUAAUUAACUUGUUUAUCUUGUAGCGAACAUUUAAUAAGCUAAAUUUGAUUAUAGUUUGUGCGAAUUUGGUCUAUAUAUAAUUUUUUUUGCCGCACUCACUUUUUUUCAUUCAAUGCCCUCGCCUUAUAACUGUCAUUUUGAGCAGGCGAUCCAUGUGAAAACGAAGUCAAUCGUCAAUUAUGGUAUGAUGGACAAGAACACACAUGAAUUUAUACAAAAACCAUUCAAGAUUUACUUUAAUUUGAAUGAUUUAGGGUUUAGGGAAUUAGGGUUAGGGUUAACUCUACAAUUUGGGGUUUUGGGUUAGGAUUCAAAAUUGAAGGUUAAAGAGUUAAGGUAAUGGAUUGAUUAGUUGUGAUUCUAUUUUAUAUCAUCAUAUCAUACUAUCGCUACCAAUUAAAGUUCAAAAAUUGC